UUAAAUAAAAAAGAGUAAAAGCUGUCUCUAGCUCUGACGUCUUUCCUGUCGAAGUCGCAGACUCGUCAUCACAGCUCAGGCAAAAUUCUAGCUUCCUACGCGCAAAAUCUCAAGAGGCUUUGAAGGUAAUCAAUAAUCUCUCUCGUUUCUUUCUGAGGAAUCUAUCGGAGAGAGGUAGAGAAAGGGGGGAGAAGGGGGCGAGAGAGAUAGAGGAUGCCAAUGAUCUCCAAAGCUUCAUCUACCACCAAUUCAUCGAUUCCUUCUUGUUCUAGGAUUGGAGGUCAGCUUUGUGUGUGGCCGGGUUUGAGACAACUUUGCCUCAGAAAAAGCUUAAUAUACGGAGUAAUGUGGUUAUUAUCCAUGCCACUGAAAACAUUGCGUGGGGCUAGAAAAACCCUCAAAAUCACCCACUUUUGUAGCAUCUCCAACAUGCCAUCUUCAUUAAAAAUCGAACUGGUGCCAUGCAGUAGGGAGAACUAUGCUUAUCUUUUGCACGACGAAGACACCGGCACGGUUGGAGUCGUUGAUCCUUCUGAGGCUGCACCUGUUAUUGAUGCAUUGAGCAGGAAAAAUUGGAAUUUAACUUACAUAUUGAAUACUCAUCAUCAUGAGGAUCACAUAGGGGGGAAUGCUGAACUGAAAGAAAGGUAUGGCGCAAAGGUGAUUGGAUCAGCUGUGGAUAAGGAUCGGAUUCCUGGAAUUGACAUACUUCUGAAGGAUAGUGAUAAGUGGAUGUUUGCUGGCCAUGAAGUUCGGGUAAUUGACACUCCUGGCCACACACAAGGCCAUAUUAGCUUCUAUUUUCCCGGGUCAGCCGCAAUAUUCACAGGAGACCUGAUAUAUAGCUUAUCUUGUGGUACCCUCUCAGAAGGUACCCCCGAGCAGAUGCUUUCAUCACUCCAAAAGAUCGUGGCUUUACCAGAUGAUACAAAUAUAUACUGCGGUCGCGAGAACACAGCAAGCAAUCUCAAGUUUGCACUAUCCGUAGAACCAAAGAAUGAAACUCUUCGGUCUUAUGCAACCCAAGUCGCUCAUCUUCGCAGCCAGGGACUCCCAUCGAUUCCAACGACUGUUAAGGUUGAGAAAGCUUGUAACCCGUUCCUCAGAACAUCGAGCAAAGAUAUCCGCAGAUCUUUAAGCAUUCCAGACUCAGCAAACGAAGCCGAAGCACUGCAUCGUAUACACAGAGCCAGAGAUCGUUUCUAAAAACUUGGGUGUCUUUCUUAUUGUAUAGUUGGAAAAUCAUCAUCAGCUGCAAAGAUUAAUUAUUCUGUAUGUUUUGGGCUUUUUCCAGUUAUGAUUUGGAUUUUCAUUCAAACAGAGAAUAUCUAUAUAUAUUUAGCUGGGUCAAUUAUGAA